AUGGCCACGACCGUGACCUGCACCCGCUUCACCGACGAGUAUCAGCUUUACGAGGAAAUUGGCAAGGGGGCUUUUUCCGUGGUGCGACGCUGUGUCAAACUUUGCACUGGACAUGAAUACGCAGCCAAGAUUAUCAACACCAAGAAGCUCUCAGCAAGAGAUCACCAGAAGUUGGAGCGAGAAGCUCGCAUCUGCCGUCUCCUGAAGCAUUCCAACAUUGUUCGCCUCCAUGACAGCAUAUCCGAGGAAGGCUUCCACUACCUCGUCUUUGAUCUGGUCACGGGCGGUGAGCUCUUCGAAGACAUUGUUGCCAGAGAAUACUACAGUGAAGCUGAUGCAAGUCAUUGCAUCCAGCAGAUCCUGGAGGCUGUUCUCCAUUGCCACCAAAUGGGGGUCGUCCACAGAGACCUCAAGCCGGAGAACCUGCUUCUGGCCAGCAAAUGCAAAGGGGCAGCGGUGAAAUUGGCAGAUUUUGGCUUGGCAAUUGAGGUGCAAGGAGACCAGCAGGCCUGGUUUGGCUUUGCAGGUACUCCUGGUUACCUUUCUCCAGAGGUUCUACGCAAAGAAGCUUAUGGGAAACCUGUGGAUAUCUGGGCGUGCGGUGUUAUUCUUUACAUCUUACUGGUGGGGUAUCCUCCCUUUUGGGAUGAAGAUCAGCACAAACUGUACCAACAGAUCAAGGCUGGUGCCUACGAUUUUCCUUCCCCUGAAUGGGACACAGUCACUCCUGAAGCAAAAAACCUCAUAAACCAGAUGCUAACCAUCAACCCUACAAAGAGAAUCACAGCACAUGAAGCUCUGAAGCAUCCAUGGGUCUGCCAACGUUCGACAGUGGCCUCCAUGAUGCACAGGCAGGAGACUGUAGAGUGUCUGAAAAAGUUCAACGCAAGAAGGAAGCUCAAGGGUGCCAUUCUUACUACUAUGUUGGCAACAAGAAACUUUUCAGCAGCUAAAAGUUUACUGAACAAGAAAGCGGAUGGCGUGAAGCCUCAGACGAACAGCACCAAAAGCAGCACCGGAGUUACCAGCCCAAAAGGGACCCUUCCGCCCGCCGCACUGGAAUCAUCCGACAGCACAAACACCACCAUAGAGGAUGAGGACACAAAAGCCUCGAAAUUGUCUGAUGUCCUAAGCAUGGUGAAAAGGGGCUCUGGAGCCCCAGAAGCUGAGGGGCCACAGCCUGCUGUCACCCAGUUUUUCCCAUUUCCACCCAUUGCUAGUCCUCUUCCUUCAGAUCCCCGCAAACAGGAAAUAAUCAAGAUAACGGAGCAGCUGAUAGAGGCUGUGAACAAUGGCGAUUUUGAGGCCUAUGCAAAAAUAUGUGAUCCAGGCCUAACUUCGUUUGAGCCUGAAGCGCUGGGCAAUCUCGUUGAAGGGAUGGACUUCCACAGAUUUUACUUUGAAAACUUGUUAUCUAAGAACAACAAGCCCAUUCACACAACUAUCCUGAACCCUCACGUACAUGUCAUUGGGGAAGAUGCUGCCUGCAUUGCCUACAUCCGCCUGACACAGUACAUCGAUGGGCAGGGCCGUCCCCGUACUUGCCAGUCCGAAGAGACCCGUGUCUGGCACCGCCGGGAUGGCAAGUGGCAGAAUGUCCACUUCCACUGCUCAGGAGCUCCGGUGGCCCCACUCCAGUGAAGAACUUAUGCUGGCUGUUUUGAUUUCAUCCCGAAGGAGAUGGAGAUUUCAGCUGAGCCACUAGCCGGGAGCAGCAGUGACAAGCACGCGCCCGCAUGCUCGUGUCCCCCCCC